CUUUAUAUAUUCCACUGAAUGUCAAAAUUGUAAGUAGGUAAAACAAAAAAAAAUACACAGCUGUUGACUACAAUUUCGAAGAAGGUGUUUCUUCCUUAUUACAAUCAGUAAAAGAGGUUUUAGAAAUGACUGACAAAUAUCAGAUCUAUCAGUCAGAAACAGCUGGAGAGGAUGAAGAAAAUUGCUGGUCCACUUUUCAAAUAGACAAACCUCUAGAAGAAACUGUAGCUAAUAAAUUGAGUAACUUGAGAAAAGCUUUGACAAAAAAGAUUCAAGAGCACAAGGAUUACAUACAAAUCCACCAGGGCACCCUUGGACAUCACGAGAAGCUACUCAGGGAAAUUGUACAGGCUGAGAGCGAUUUUCAAAGGAAUCGUACUGUGCACUUCAGGGAUAAAUGCUUCUUACCACUGAGUGGAAUAUCUUUAGAAAAUUUACCGUCACGGGAAAAUAGGAAUUACAUACAACCGGAGAAACCACCAAACGAGUAAUGAUGUAUUUUAAAUUAAUAUCUCACCUUCUUUAAUAGAUGAAAAAUAUUGAGCUAUUUCAGGAUUAAAUACAAUCUUUUAACAGCCA